UUUGGUCCCCAUGAGACCCCAUGACCUCCGACACAGACCCCGGGCUCAGAAUCUAUAAACUAUCCCUCAAAAUCACCAGGGCUCACAAGUGCCUACAGGACACAAAUUCUUUUCGCAGUGUUUGAAAUGUAUGAGGUCCCCAUUACUCAUCUUAGGUCAUGGCUCCCAGCGUGGGCUAACCCUGAUCCGUCAGCGGGGAAAGGGAAAUCUAACUUCUAGGAAACACUCCAGGUCUGCUCUAGGGGAAAGCAGAACUGUGACGCACAAGGCGACGCUUCGGGCCCCGCUUGAAGUCAGUCCGACCUGGACUCCCACGGGCCCUUCCACGCUCUAGGUUUCCUUGUGGGCAGCAUCCAGGUGGGUGUCACGUCCGUGCCCGUGAGUUGGCGACCGUCACCGUACUUCUGAUCCGACCCCUGCAGGCAGCAGCAUUAGCAGCAGCCGCGGGAUGGGGUGGGUGUCGCCUCGCGGGGGCCACGCUCUCCCCCCCCCACCCCCCCCCCCCGCGACGGGCAGGUGGCCGUACCACGGAGGGGAAGCCCCUGGGGUUCGAGGCCCAGCAUCCCGGAAACCCCGAGGGAAGAAGGAGGGCCCGGGAGGACCUGAUCGUUAUUCCCGAGUUGCUCAAGAGCUGCGGAGGCCGGGCCGGCUGGGACGGCCCCGGGCAUCCCCGCCCUCCCGCGCCGACCCCCGCCGAGUCCGAACCAAAAGCGAAAGGAGUCCGGCGCCGCGAGGAGGUCGCCGCGCGCCUCCAAGCCCGCGGGGGCCGCCGUUUUGUGACUUCACCGGUUUCGCAACAAACCCGGGCCGCCCGCGCCCCACCCACCCCCGGCCGGCCGCCUCGCCGCCCGCCGCCUCGCUGGGCUCUCCGCGCCUUCCUCCGUCCGAGGCCGGGCCUGCCCCGCCGUCGCGGAGCCUCCCGUCCGGCCGCCGCCUGCGGGCCAGCACGUGCGCGACUCCCGCGCCCCGCGUCCCGCGCCGCGCCCCGCUGGGCGCAGCGCCCUCCCGGCGGCGGCGCGAUGCUGUGCUUCCUGAGGGGAAUGGCCUUCGUGCCCUUUCUUCUGGUGACCUGGUCGUCCGCCGCCUUCAUCAUCUCCUACGUGGUCGCGGUGCUCUCGGGGCACGUCAACCCCUUCCUACCCUACAUCAGGAGUUAGCUGUCCCCCUGGUCCAUGACGGUGGUGCCCUUUUGGCUUUUGUCUGUGGUGUGGUCUACACACUCCUGCAGUCCGUCAUCUCUUACAAAUCGUGUCCCCAGUGGAACAGCCUCUCCACGUGCCACGUGCGGAUGGCCAUCUCUGCCGUUUCCUGCGCAGCUGUGGUCCCCAUGAUCGCCUGUGCUUCACUAAUUUCUAUAACCAAGCUGGAAUGGAAUCCAAAAGAAAAGGAUUAUAUAUAUCACGUAGUGAGUGCAAUCUGUGAAUGGACAGUGGCCUUUGGUUUUAUUUUCUACUUCCUAACAUUCAUCCACGAUUUCCAGAGUGUCACCCUAAGGAUAUCCACAGAAAUCAAUGAUGAUAUUUGAAGAAAGAAGAAUUAUAUGUCACUCAGUGAAAGUCGCAGGCAAUUUCUGGAAGUGGUACAGAGGAGGGUCUUAAUGCUGCCCUGUGUGGAAUGCAUCUGCAGUACCUCCGGGACUUGAAUUUCAUUAAGAACUCCCAAUAGUUGUACUAUUUCCAAAGGUAUGUUUUCAUAGUGAGUGUAGAGCAUUUGUGACAUCGUAGCAAUGUUUUUAUAAUUUUCUAAGUAGACACUUUUUUGUAUUAACAAAUUCAUUACAGAGAAGAUAAGGUGUUACAGAAAAUGGACAGCUCUUGUUUUUGCACAGAUUCUGUUUUGUUUUGUUUUCUUUGUGUGUGAUUGGUGCAAAUACACUAAAUAAGGAAUUCACUAAGAAGUAAAAUCAGGGCAUAUUCAUUUAAAAUUUUUAUUUUUAGAGCAUGAACUGUCUAAUUUUAUAUCACGAGAACACUUACAAAAUUUGAUUUAUAAUGAUUGCAAUGAUUUAGUUAACAAAUUAACACUAUCAAGGAUACUCUGAUUUUUAUGUGAACUAAGCAAAAUGCUUCUGCUGAAAGGCCUUACUAUCUCUAUGCACAUUAACUCUAAGUGAACACAGAAGACCUCAGGUUUUAAAUUCCGCCCCCCAUGGGCCUCCCUGCCCACAGAGCCACAGUGUUUACCCUUGCUGCUGACUGGCAUGCCAUAGUGGGCCUAAUUCCAGGUGGGAUGAAUUCAGCAAGGCAGAUUAGAAAAACCUUAGAACAACCAGAAAAUGGAAACAAGCACCUGACAAGAAAGCCUCGUUGGAUUCUGGAUCAUUGUCCUUGCUGGAUGAGCAAGGAUGGAAAGUAUCUCAGGGACCGUUUGUGGAAGAGAUGGAUUGUGGGAAGACCUCUGGUUAAUACGAACCCUCCACAAAAGCCAAGCUGUGAAAAGCAUUAAAAAGACCAUUUGUAAAGGCACCCUUUGUUGUAACUGGCAUAAAUUGAUAUAUAGUCUGACUCAGAAGCUGAAACUCACAUCUCGAAUUUAUUUCAUGGCAGUAAACCUGUGGAAGAGCAUGUAGGUCUGAGAGAGGAGAGGGGAGAAGGUAGAGGGUGCAGUUUAUUUGGUCCUUCUUUUUAUGCCUGUAGCUGGAUGUUUGCAUACCUCACGAAAUGUGAACCUGGUCCUUUGUUAAGACCUACACGACCUACACACUCCACCGUCUCACCCAGAUCACAAAUGACAAAUGAAAAGCAAAUCAUUCCAGAACAAGAAGUGGGCCUUGACAUGUUAAGGCUUAGGUUUGAAAACUGAAGAGAAGGCCUUCCUUCAAAGACCCUCCAGACCACAAACCUCCAUCUGGCCAAGUGGGUCCAGACCUUGAGUUCAUUUGCGAGGGCCAGAACUUGGACAGCCUGGGAGGGAAUCCAGGAGUGGUGAACACAUCAUGGCUCUUCAAUAAAUAUUUACCGAGUGAAUGAAGCAGUCGGCCACCUCAGCAACAACAAACUGUGUUGCCUGUAUUCAGCAGUGAGAACCUGAUAACCAUGUCUGAGUCUGUUACAACUUGUUGUGAUGCUGUGGGUCCCCAUAGUAACACUGGAACUGAAAGACUGACUGAAGCUCUGGCAAGCAUUCAUUAUCUUGAAGAUGGGGGGGAAAUGUCACAUUCCUGUGCUGUGAAACCUGUAGGAGAAUGAGUCCUCAGCUGGGACUCACUUUGAACAGACUUUUCUUAUCUGCACUUCUCAUGAUGCAUUAUUAUUCUUCAUGUCCGUAUCUCUCCGUGAGAUAGAUUGGCAGAGUAUGUGCCUUGAUCUUUAUCUUUGUAAAUCAGGCGUUUACCAGGAUGCCUCCUGGUACAGAGCAGGUGCUCAAUAAAUACUCAUGAAUGCAUGAAUGAAUGAGUGAACAAGUGAAGGAAUGACUAGGGGUAUUUGUAGUGCUGCAUAGUGAGAUUUACACUGGUUUACUAGUUAAGUGAUAAACAAAUGGUCUGUAUCACUCAGUAAUGUUGACUGUUUUGCUUUGUGUACUGUAAACAGUUCAGUUGUUUGGGCUUCACGACCCUAUGCCAACUCUCUUCAACCUGGACAGUUACCACCAAAAUUGUUACGUGGGAUAGACAAAACGGUACACCUGGCUUGCCAAACUGAGAAUGCCAAAAAUCACUCCAGACAAUCACAUUCUGCUGGUUCCCUGAAACCCCUAAAGCUGGUCUCAUCCACAUUUAUGGUAUUAUUUCUAAGUUCCAUGACUUUGCAUUUCCUUGGCCCUCUUGGCUAAAAGAGUAGAAUAAAAUGAAAUAUUUCUUUA